AUUAAAGCUAAUCUUAUUAAAAUUUAUUUUAAUAAAGUUAAUUCAAUUCUGCUUUAAUCAAUUCAUUAAUACAAAUGGCUAAAUUAUCCACACUUAUUAUUAUUCUUGCGAUCGUUGCAUCUGCCCAUGCCGCCGCUAUAUGGUUAAGUCGCGCAACACCUAAAACCGUAACGGUGGAAAGUAAUGAUGUAUUCUGCUCGUUCCUUCCAAAAACGCCUGGGGAAGAAAUCGGGGAUAGUGAAGACGAUGCUAUACCAUUUUGCACUCAGGCUAACCCUACCAAUGCACCUGGAGCCAAAAAAUUUCCCACCGGUUUCAUUAAGUCUGCUCACUUUACUAAAGGAACAGGUUUUGUUCAAAUAACCGGUACCAUUGACAGAACUAAGUACAAAUUGAAAAAAAGUGAUGGAGGCGGUCAAUAUGAUACUAAAGCACCUUCUGGUGCAGUAUGCAAAGGAUUUAAAAAUUUCGUGAACUUGGUUGAACCUGAUAUUAACAGAUUCUGCAUUCGCUGCUGCACUGACACCAAAAAGUGCAAUACCGGAAAGAGUACUGAAGGUUGCGCUGUUGUCGUCCCUGGUAAUUACAGUUAAAAUCAGAUAUUUUUAAUAUAAUAGUUAUUAUUACACUUAGUUUAAUUAUACCAUUAGUUAACAAUUUAUACCUUUACAUUAAUUAAUUUUAUAAAUUAAAAUUAUGUGUUUAAGAAAAAAAAAAUUAAUAAUUUUUUUUAGAUUUUUAAACUUUGCAAAAAUAAUGUCAAAUGCACUAGUUACAUGAAUUAUCAUUAGACUUUAUUAUUAGACCUU